AUGACACCGUCCGAUUGCGCACAGUUGGACCACCUACGCACUGCGGAGCGCAGUGCCCAGGCACAUUCGAUCGAUUUUCCUGAGAAAUCAGGCUUCUGCGUGGCCUUCAACCAUGAAGAGUCGCUUGUAUCUGCCUCGGUCGCGUGCUGUGUGGCGGAAAUCGCAUCAUUUGUGGAUGAUUUAGUGCCUAGACUGCACGCGGGAGGACGACUGAUGUACGUCGGAGCUGGUAUCAGCUGGAACAUAGCUUUGAUGAACUGUACCGAAUUGCCUGUUACAUUCUUCACUGAGUCACAUCGAGUUAUCGCUCUCGUUGCGGGGGAAUAUGGAGCGGCCAUCCGAACCCAGGAAGAACCUGAGGAUGCCGAACAAUAUGGAGCUACGCAAAUUAAAGCUUUGAAUCUGACACCCGACGAUGCUGUCUUGGGAAUUUCAGCUUCUGGUCGGGCGUCAUUCGUGCUUGGAGCUCUCAAAGGCGCUCUUCGGAUUGGAGCCCUGACUGCAGGCAUUACGAAGACUUCAUCAAGCUUGGUGGGUAAUAUGUGUAUCGACCAUCAACUUGUUGCUUCAUUGGAGAUCGGGAAGAUUUACAAGGGAAUUAUCUUUAACCUUCGAGUCGGGAAUCACAAGCUUCAAGCUCGAGCUCGCAGAUCACUACGCCAGGUCUGUAGAGAGAUCGUGGGACUUUAUUCGAAAAGAGGACUCAUCCUACCAUCUCAGAUUUUGACAACAUUUCAUCAAAUGCAGAACGAAGAUGCAGCAAACGGCCUUAUUCGCAGAUGCAAUGGAAGUGUGAAACUAGCCUGCGCCGUGGCUGUAAUCAACAUUUCAUCUAAUGAAGAGAUAUCUGGGCUUCAAGACAGGGGUAGUAAUUUUGGGGAAUUUGUUGCAAAACGCCUGAGCUUCAGCUAUUUGAAUGGCGAUAUUGCUUCAAUCGGACAUGGUGGCAUUCCAGAGUAUUAUUUGGCCAUUGAUGGUGGGGGCACAAAGUGCGCAGUCUCAAUUUCCACGAGGUUUGGGGUGGUGUCUCGUGGCUAUGCUGGGCCUUGCAAUCUCAAUCUUGUCACUGCAGAAGAGUUUGUAUGCCAGGUCAAGAGUGCGACGAUGGAUGCAAUCACAGGUUUACCGCAAAAGGGAGAUUCGCGUCCCAAAACAAGUCCUCGGUUCCGCAGAGUCUGGGCUGGAAUUGCAGGCCUACAUCACGCAGAUAAAUUGGAAGUCCUCAUCGGUCACCUCGAGAAGCUGCUUGGGGUUUCUGCGGAGGCGGGUUCACUUCGAUUGACAAGUGACAGCGCACUUCUUGGCGCAUGCCUGGAGAGAGACACUUCCAUUCAAACUGGCAUCAGUAUCAUAUCAGGAACGGGGUCGGUAGCAACUGCUUUCAAAAAGGGCUCGAAUGGUCAUGCUGUCGAAGUCCGUCGAACGGGUGGGUGGGGCCAUCUUAUUGGAGACGAUGGAAGUGCCUUUCACGUUGGCAAACAGGCUCUGCAGGCUUUGCUGACAAGUAUUGAGAUCAAUGAAGUUGAUACUGAAUCUCGCUUGACUGAGAUGGAGGAGGAAAUUGUUGCAUAUUUUGGCUGCACCAAGAGUGCCGUGUUGUCUCGCCUCCUCAAUUCGGGAAAGAAUCCCACGAGCGACAUCGGUGGUCUCGCAAGAACUGUGACAAGACUUGCUUUCCGCGACGAGAACCCCGAUUUUCAGGCUCUUGAAAUCUUGAAAAAUGCGGCUAAAUCAUUAGCCCAGCUGGUUGUACCCCUGAAAAACACAUGCCCUCCAGAAAGCAGCGUUUUGAUACUUUCCGGAGCACUGAUGACUAUCGCAAAAUUCCGAGAGUUGGUCUAUGACCAGUUUUCUUCGGCUCACAUCACGGCGUUCAAGAAGAUUGUUGUGAUAAAUUCUGCAUCUGAUUGUGCUGUGAAUUAUUUGGCCGCACAGGCAAUUUAG